AUGGCUGGGAAAGAACAUUAUUCAUAUACCUAUGAAUUCAAAGAUACAAAUCUUUCUGCAGAAUUCCUUAAUGCUUUUAACAAAUUUUAUCAAAAUGAAUUAUUCACCGACAUCACUUUGGAGUGUUUCUCAGGGCAAUUAUUUCACUGCCAUAAAGUUGCUCUGGCAGCUUGCAGCACUUAUUUCAAAGCAAUGUUCACUGCAGAUAUGCAGGAAAAAGCUACCAGGAUUAUUAAACUUCCAAACAUUGAUUACAGUAUCUUGGAUGCUCUUAUAAAGUAUGUAUACACAUCAGAAGUGCUAAUAACAGAAAACAACGUCCAAACUUUGUUAGAGACUGCAGAUCUCUUACAGUUUACAACAGUUAAAAUGGCAUGUGAAAACUUCCUGGCCAGACAUCUAGAUUUUGGCAAUUGUAUAGGAAUGCAUUCUUUUGCAGAAAGCCAUCUUUGUACUGAUUUAGAGAAAGAAUCUCGAAGGAUGAUUCUCUCUAACUUUGAAGAAAUUUCAAGACAGGAUGAAUAUUUAGAAAUCAGCAAGGACAAACUCCUUUUCAUUCUGUCCAGAAAAAACCUCAAUGUGUGGAAGGUAGAUAUACUUCUUGAAGCCAUUGUCAGGUGGAUUGCAUAUGACUUGGAAAAUAGAAUUGAAUGUUUGGUGGAAUUGUUAAGAUAUGUCCAAGUUGAUUUGGAUGAUCUGUACCUCAAAACAGCACUUGAGGUGAAUGGGCAGUCCCUUCUCACCAGUGAUGUUAAGAUGCACUCUUUAAAAUGUCAUGUUCUAACAGCAAAUUACACUAUGAAUCCAUUGCCUUGCAAGAAGUCAACGUGCAAUAUGUAUAUAAUUGGUGGUUAUUAUUGGCAUCCACUUUCAGAGGUUCACAUUUGGAAUCCAUCAAUUGAUUUAUGGACACAGGGUUCACAGAUGCCUGAUCACACGAGAGAAAGUUACAGUGUUUCUGCUUUGGGACCAAACAUUUAUGUAACAGGUGGUUAUAGUUCUGAUAACCUGGAGGCCCUGGACACCAUGUGGAUUUAUAAUUCAGAAAUGGAUAAUUGGGCAGAAGGGAGCCCAAUGUUAAAUGCUCGUUAUUAUCACUGUUCAGUGGUAGUGCAUGGCUGUGUCUAUGUGAUGGGUGGAUACCGAGCCGGUGCUCCAAUACAAGAUGCAGAGUUUUAUGAUCCUUUGAAAAAGAAGUGGAUUCUGAUUGCAAACAUGCUGAAAGGGGUUGGAAAUGCAACGGCUUGUGUCGUCCAGGAAGUUGUCUAUGUAACCGGAGGACACUAUGGUUACCGAGGAAGUUCAACUUAUGAUAAAAUUCAGAGCUACAGAUCAGAUCUCAAUGAGUGGACAAUAGUCACCAUCACUCCACACCCAGAGUAUGGGCUGUGCUCUGUGGGUUUAUAUAACAAGAUAUAUCUUGUUGGUGGCCAGACGACUAUCACUGAUUGUUACGACACAGAAAAGAACGAAUGGAAACAGAUAGCCCAAAUGAAUGAAAGACGAAUGGAAUGUGGUGCAUUGGUGAUGAAUGGCUGCAUUUAUCUUACAGGUGGAUACUCAUAUUCCAAGGGAAGUUAUCUGCAGAGUAUUGAAAAAUAUGAUCCCGAGAAAGGUACUUGGGAAAUAAUAGGGAAUUUGCCCGGUGCCAUGCGUUCACAUGGCUGUGUAAGUGUAUAUGAUAUACAAGCAUAA